CAGCUGACUGCUGCUACGGGUUAGGUGUGAAUAUUAAAAUAUGAAAUGAUAUACCAGCAGUCCCUGUGGAGUCAAAGUGCGUGGCUGCAUAGGUUUCCUGAAGAGUUUCGGUAAGGUUUUCGGAAUGUGCACAGGCAGCACUGCUACAUGAGAAGGCGCAUGAAUACGCUCCAUAGUGCUCCACCUUGCACUAUCGACAUGCUCGUGGUCAGGUCUGAGCACAGUCCUCAACUUUAGCAAAAGUGCAUUUAGGCAGGUUGAUCUCAUCAGAAGAGAAAGGGUUGUGAAGAGAUGUUUGAAAAGAUGAAGCCUACCUGCAUUCUUUAAGAUUUACAUGUAAUAUUUAUUCAAUCAGGUUUUCUUGAGAUUAAUCUCUGUGAUCUUGAGGACACAGUAAUUUGAUGCUGGUUUUCAGCAGUUGCUGUUGAUGCUAUCAGAUUGGGUACACUGUGUCCUUGAUGUUUUGAUCUAAGAAGAGAUGAGUGAAGAAGAUGUAGAGCAGAGCACCCUUCAGGCAAUAGAAUGGUGCACAAACUUGCAAAGUUUGAUUGAAAUAUCAGCUGAGCAUUUGGAAGGGCUGAGAACCCAGUGCCUGACAAGUGCAGUGUUGACACAGCAGGAAAUCAGAAGAAUCGAGGGUAAGCUGGUGAAGUUGUUCAGCAGUCAGCUUCUGGCCAAGUCCCGCAUCCCCAAUGAUGACUUGGAGGCAUCUGGCUGUGAUGGCUACCCAUCAAUGCAGCUCUGGCUUAAGGUUGUGGGUCUCAGCCCAUCUGCAGUCGAGAUGGUGUGCUGCAAGUACAGCUCGAUGGAGGCGCUGGUGGAGAGUGGCGAGGCCGAGCUGCGCGGCGUGCUGCCGCCGGCCGGCUUCGACGACGACGUGCGCCGUCUCGGCCGCGCCAUGCACAACAUGCGGAAGUAUACGGAGAGCCAAGGGGUGGGUGACGCGCACAGCAGUCCGGACCUGCCGCUGUACUGGGACUCUUGGGAGGCGUCGUCGCCCAGUCUGCGGCGCAGACCCAGGUCGUCGGUGUCGUCGUCGGACGAGACGCAGCAGUCAGAGUCGUCGGCACCGACGCCGUCCGAGUCAUCGUGCCACUCUCAGACGCAGUCGACGCUCAGCGACCUGACGCAGAGCCUGCCGGUGGGCGAGACGAGUCCGCCGCGCACGCCGCCGCUGGGCCGCACUGCGCGAGACGGCGCCACGCCGUCAGCCAGCCGCCGCCAUCACACGGGGCUGCGCGAGGCGGCCGGCGACCCGGCCACGCUCACCAAGUCACGUUCUCACGAGAGCCAGCUGACGGGCCGGCUGCAGGCUGCUGGAGACGCCGCCCAGCCACGCGGCGACUCUGAGCCGUCGGAGGCCCAGGAGGCGGCCGUGAGGUCGCCGGGAGCCGCCGCCAGCCCCUCGCCCUCCACGGCCGCCCAGACGCCCACCAAGUCGACCACGCUGCAGGUGCCCCGCUCUCCGCAUACGCCCACGCUGCCCGGCAGCAUGAGCCACGUGAUCGCGCACAAGUUCACCAAGACGUUCAAGGUGUCUACCUGCGACUGCUGCAAGAAGCAGAUGAUCUACGGUCUGCGGUGUCGCGAGUGCAAGUACAAGUGCCACCGGCACUGCGAGGAGCAAGUGCCGCCCUCCUGCGGUCUGCCCAGGAAGUUCGUCGACUUUUUCAUCGACCAAGUCAAUAAUCAGGGUAACGCUUCCCCCCUGCUGCCGAAAAGUCAGCGCAAGAGCCAGAGCUCCGGGUAUCUUCACUACAAACAGCACCACGGUUACACCAACUCCAGCAUCAGCAUCCCGGCAUUCCAGGGCCAGGACUCUAGCAGCAAUACGUCCAGCUGCAACAGCUCUGCGCCGUCUAGUCCGGCCUUCCCGAUGGCGACGCCGCCGGCGUCAGCGUCGCGCCUGCAGCAGUUCAACUUCCCAGAGGUGGCCGAGCCGGCCGGCGUCACCGUCGAGCCGCUGCCGCCGCCGCCGCCGCCUCCGGCGCAGCCGCCGCCGGUCGGCUCGCAGGAUUCGGACAAGACGAUGAGUCAGACGUCGGCCAGCACGUCCACCGACUCGGAGCGCACCGUGGCCAGUCGACUCGACUCGCAGGACUCGACCGUCUCCGAGACGGACGGCAUGCCGCGGCAGAACAGCCUGUCGCUGCGGGAGUGGGACAUUCCGUUUGAGGAGGUGCGGGUGGGCGAGGUGAUCGGUCGCGGCCGCUUCGGCGAGGUGAAGAAGGGCCACUGGCACGGCGAGGUGGCCGUUAAGUUGCUCAACAUGAACGACGAGGAGGCGCUGGAGCAGUUCAAGCGAGACGUGGCUACGUUCCGCAAGACGCGUCACGAGAACCUGGUGCUAUUCAUGGGCGCCUGCAUGUGCCCGCCGCAGCUGGCAAUCAUCACCAGCUACUGCAAGGGCAAGCCGCUCUUCGCCCUGCUGCACACGCAUAAGGAGAAGUUCAACCUCACCAAGAUCAGCAACAUCGCCAAACACAUAUCGCUGGGCAUGGGCUACCUGCACGCCCGAGGCAUCGUGCACAAGGACCUCAAGUCGAAGAACAUUUUCGUGGACAACUCGGGCACAGUGGUGAUCACAGACUUCGGCCUGUUCUCGCUCACCAAGCUCUGCCCCAACUCCGGGCAUCGGCGCCGCCUGCACAUCCCGAAGGGCUGGCUCUGCUACCUCAGUCCGGAGAUCGUGCGCAGCCUGCGGCCCGGCGACAACCGAGACCUGCCCUUCUCGAUGAGCUCGGACGUCUUCGCCUUCGGCACGGUGUGGUACGAGCUGCUGUCGGGUGAGUGGCCCUGGAAGGACCAGCCAGCCGAGGCCACCAUCUGGCUGGUGGGGCGAGGCAUGAAACAGUCGCUCGCCAACAUACAGGCCUCGCGCGACGUCAAGGACCUGCUGAUGAAGUGCUGGAACUACCACCAGGCCGACCGGCCCGACUUCACCCAGCUGCUUGUCAUCCUGGAGCGGCUGCCCAAGAAGCGGCUGGCGCGCAGCCCCUCGCACCCUAUCCAGCUGUCGCGUUCGGUCGAGUCUGUGUUCUGAGCGGCCCCCGGCCGUGCGCCACGUCUUGUGAUAUCUGUCCGUGUUAGAGUGUGUAGCGGCGCGCGCGUAUGGGGGCCGCCUGGGCCGGCGGCGGCGGCCG